AGAAGCACGUGGAUUUGUAAAGUUAACGGCUGGAAUAAUACUUGCCGCACGUCUGGAGUUCCUGAUUUUAUUCGGGUUCUUCAGUCAAACGUACGAAUACGGUGUCGUUGUAGUCGUCUUUAUUACUGCCAUUUUUUAUUACUCGUACAACGGCAACCUGCCCAACAUUCCGAGCCAACCUAUUGCACAACUACGGAUUAGUGUAUUAGCUUGUGAACGAUUAUGUGAUCCCUGCUAUUUCCAUCUUAUACAUCCUUUGCUAGAUUUAGGACUGCGCUGUAAAACUGUAAAACCCUCAACAACAACAACAACAUUCAUUCACCAUCUCGGACGUGUUCUCUUGCUGUUAUCCGGUGAUCGGACGUCCAUCCAUUGCCCAGAGAUUGGACCACUGCCUGCGUGGUGAGCUGGUGCAAAUUGCACUCUAGCGAACCGUUCCCCGUCUGAGGUGAGCUCGCGCAAUUGCGCUGUAGCAAACCUCUUGCCUGCCGUCCCUCCAUCGUGCUCCUCGUCAGUUCGUCUCCUGUCACCCGGCGAGUCUGCGCAAUUGCGCUAAGGCGAGCCGCUUCCUGUCACCGUCAAGGCGAGCUUGCACAAAUUGUGCUUAAGCAAGCCAGUUCUUCUGCAGCUGCUGGACUGGACGGUACUGUUUCACGCUUACCAUUCCGCAUACACAGACCAUGCCCCGUCCUAAGCGACCUUCAACCCAGGCCGCCGGUAAACGUAAGCCCAAGCAGCCACAAGGAUCACCACCCAGGCCAACGCAAGACGAACUAUUCAGAAAUGAAGCCCUGUCCAAUCCACCAAGUGUGCUCGUUGAGCUGCGCCCGGCAAAGCGAGUUAAAUUUAACUUGUCUGCUGCUGAACCAGCGGCGGUGGUUAGCAGCAACAGCAGUAGUAGCAAGAACACCUACACGGCGGCAGACGCUGCCGAGGCCUUGCAGCACAUGAAUGAAUUCUGUGAUCGGUCAGCAGCAGCCGCUGCCACCGAAGCUGCCGACAACCAGCACCCGGACGAAGCUCCAGUGUCACCGGAGCCGAUCGCAGACUCGCCUCCGGUCGGGCCCGCGUCGCCGAUGGAAUCUGUACCGUCGCCUGCCUCGAGCGAUAACGGCGGUGAUCAGUCGUGCCACAAUCUUCAGGUGGCGAAUGAGGUUACGGUUGAAAAUGUUGCUGAUCAUGACCGCAACGUAAGCCAAAUCCUACCUAUACCGCAUUCUCCCGCCAUCGGCUCACGCACUAGCGGCAAGAACGACAAUGACGACGACGAUGAGGACGACAACGGAAAUGAACACGCCGGUGGUCAGGAAGAGAUGGAUACCGGUGGCGUAGAAGCCGAAGCCGCCGCAGCUCACCAGUCUCCUUCAUCACCCACUUUACACACUGGCAUCGAGGACGACGCCGGUGCUGGACAUGAAGGGGGCAGCGACGAUGAAGACGGCAGCAGCGAAGCGGAAGCGGACGACGCAAAAUCCGAAUCUGAGGACGAGUCGGCUGCGGACGAAGAUGCGGACGAAGAUGCUGACGGUUAUGUUGACACGCCUGAUGAACACAUCUUCAUCAAAGCACCCGUGCCGCCAAUUGAUCCUGACACAUGGACUGAUAUUUUCAAACGAGCUUAUGAAUCACCGAAAGGCUGUGAGCGGUCUCCUUCUUUCGUGCCAGAGUCGGAGUGGGAGCACUAUGUACAUGAAUUGCCGACUUUUCAAUACGUCCUAGAGCGUGAAAAAUACGGCGAGCAGUUAAGCAGGCUGAUCAAGAAACUUUCGCGUGUCUAUGAAAAGGAGGAGUGGUAUGCGGGGCUGCUGGUUGAGAGUGAAGAAAUGAAGUAUACGGAAGAGGAGCUGCUUGAUUCCGAUCACUUCAAGAAGCUGGAAGAGUCCGGGAAAAUUACAUAUCUCUUCCAGAAAUUCAAAGGUGUCAAGGGUCAAGGAAUGGUGCAGAUAAAGAAAGACGGCAAAGAAUAUGAACUGAAGAAGGGAGAGCAUUGGAGAACUAUCAUGAAUCGGCAGAAAGAAAAGGUGGCCAAAAUGCGUGCAGAGCUUUUAGCCCUGAAAGAUUCUCCUCUCAAGCAGAUAUCGAAGGCGCGAUUGCCAAGGGCAUUCCAUGAACUCUUCUGCCUGGUCUCGUACGCUGCCUUCCAGGACAAAACCUUCCAAGGCAUUUAUGCCCAUCUUACACCGGAAGUUGUAGAGCAUCCACCCAAAGACCACGGUUUAAUUUGCUUAAUGCGUGUGAUGGAGGAAGUCUUCAGUCUCGACAGUCACACCGCAAUUACCGUUCCCGAAUGGCUUUUCUCCACCGCCUGUUCGUUUUUUGCCCUCCACCGGGAAGAUUAUCUUAUGGGCAGCGUCAAUACAGUCCACUGGACGGAUGGAGACCGCGGGAAGAAACUCUGGAUCGUUGUGGCGCCAAAGGAUGCGCCUGUGCUGCAGGAGGUCGUAAAGAAGCUUAUGGAAGCAGGGAAAUUAAAAUGCGAGUGUGAUUUGUAUGCAAUUGGCAGUUUCCAUAAGCAGGCCCUUCUUCUGGUUGUCGAGGAGCUGAUCAUGCGGGGCGUUCACGUGUACUACGCAAUGCAAGGCGCAGGACAGACUAUGAUACUGUCUCCGGCCACGCCGCAUAUGGGAGGUCAGCUAGGCGCAAAUAUCGCUUCAGCAGUCAACUUUGCUGAUUUGGAUCUGUUCACGAAGGUUGUUUUGGACAGGAAAGUCUUCAAACAGUGUCCGCACGAUAAGCGGGCCGAAGCGCGUAAUGAGAAUCAUGGAUUCGACGACGUCCAAACUCCCCAGAACGUUGAAGCUGUUCGACGAGCCACAGUGGAAAAGCUCAGGGCUAAUGGCAAUCCGGAAUUCCCUACGCUUGAGGAUAUGCCGCAUGUAGUGACCGAUGAUCACUUUCUCACUCAGGAGGAGUUCGAAAGGGUUUCCACCGAAAAAGUCGUUCCGGAUAUAUUGCGUGAGAAGUUUUUCACCACAGAUACGUUUCUCCACAGUCAGAUCAACUCGCUGCCUGGGAUUCCAGGCGUGCGUCUCCCGGAUAUGAUAAAUGCCGUUAAACUUGCUGAAACGCUCCGCAACCGGAGAGAAGUGGGUGAGAAUGAGCCAAAAUGGGAGCUGGUUGGGCACAUCGAAACGGAUUUGCGCACAGAUAGAGAGAUAAUGGCAGCCAUUAAAUCCAGACGCCUUAAGAUUGACCUCCUCAAGGGCGUCCAGCGAUAUCAUGUGGGCCGAAUUCUGAGACGAGAAAAAUUCCUGAUGACGCUUUACAAGAACUGUUCCCGUCAGCAGAUUCAGCAAAUUAUCACCCACGAAUGGGCUAAGGAGGCGUACGAGCAUCUGCCGCGGUUGGGUUUGGAAGCCCUGGAGAUUAUCCGCGACAUUUUUCAGCGCACCGUCGACGACCACUGCUUGAAAAACCAGCUGCAGGCUUCGGAUCGCCCGCCGGUAUUUUAUUCGAUUCUAACCAAACCCCAGGAGAAAGAUAAAGUGGUGUCCGAACCUUUCGCGAAGGAUUUGAAGGAGAAGUUUGCCGAGAUGUUCCCGUGUCUUCGCAAGGACAUUCUGCCUUUGCAAGUGGAAACACGAACUGCAGAUAGCGCCCAGAGAGUCUUCAGAACGCUCUGCGAUAUGGCGCAGUUGCCGGAUGAUAGUAUGGUUCUCGUGCGACGCCUUUUCGCGCGCCUGGCAGAUCGGAAGUUCGUUACGUCUCGGCAGGUCAGGGAAGCAUCCAGCGAAAACUAUCCUGGAUUUUUGGCACUCUUAUGCCGCCGCAGAAACUCUCCUUGUUGCUUCAUCCAAAAUCCUUCUCCAAUUCCGACCGUGAGCUGUUUGACCGCUUCAAUGCGGCAGUCGAAUGCAUCUUACGAGACGAAAACUUCCGAACGUUUCGUUGGGCCUGUGAUUUCCCUAACGUGGCAAAGGAAGAGAUGGGCUUGAAUAUCGUGCUUCCAGAGAAGGAACCUGGUCAAAAGGAUGAAGGUCGCAUGAGAACCAGAGGGGCGGCGGCGGCGGCUGCCACCGCCGCGGCACAAUCGAAAGCUGCACCCUCGGUUGACCCCAACACCAGCGCCGAGCC